AUUACCAGACACUCGAGGUAGUUAAUUAAGAGAGGGAGAAAGAAAUAAAGGGCUCAAGUUGUUUUUCAUUAUGCUGUUUUUAUUUUUAGGAGCAUGCUUAUGUCUCUCGAGUUUUCAUGUAAUGAAGACUGACAGUUGAGACGGCAUUGUUGCGGGAGUUAAUAUUCUGGGGCGUUCAGCUGUAAGAAGAAUGAACUUUGUGUUAUAUAUAUUUAUAUAUGCAUGCAUGGAUGUAUGUAUCUAUGCAAAUAUGGAGAUAGUUAAUUAACGGUAGAGUUAAUAUUAAAGUUUUAUUGAAGAGUGUGUGAUGAAUAAUAAAUAUGAAAUACUUUAAUUAGUGAGGAUAAUUUUUUUAGAGAAGGAGAGGUGGAGAGGGUGAUAGCAGAAAACUUCCAGAUGGAUUUAAUGCGAGGCGUAGAAAGAGGUGAGAAUAAAAGAAUAGUGCUAUCAGUUAUCGGCAUUGAUUUUUAUGUGGGUUUGUUAGUUUAAAAGAUAUGAGAUCAAGUUAAAAGGAAUGAUGAGUACGGGGAUAAGGUAGUGGGUGGCAGAAUGUUGCUGACAGUAGUGUGCGUGCAAUUAAUCUGGGGAUUAGUUGGGUUGCGAGAGUCCGUGGCACAGAAUGCUACGGGAAAGGACGAGUGGUGGAGAGACACGUUUAUCUACCAAGUGUAUACGAGGAGCUUCAAAGACAGCAAUGGAGACGGCGUGGGUGACUUGAAUGGCAUAACGAGCAAGCUGGAGCAUUUGGUGGAUUUGGGCGUGAGUGCAGUUUGGCUGUCGCCGAUCUACGCGAGUCCGAUGGUAGAUUUUGGAUAUGACAUAUCUAAUUUUACGGCAAUUGAUCCGAUUUUUGGAACGAUCGACGACUUUACGCGUCUCAUCGCGAGAGCUAAAGCGUUAAAGCUUAAAGUUGUAUUGGAUUUCGUGCCGAAUCACAGCUCGGAUACGCAUCCGUGGUUCGUUAAAAGUGUCCAGCGUGUCAAGCCCUUUGAUGAGUAUUACGUCUGGAAAGACGCCAGGAUAGUCAAUGGAACGCGAAAGCCGCCCAACAAUUGGCUGAGUCAAUUUCAAGGUUCUGCCUGGGAAUGGAAUGAUCAACGCAAGCAGUACUAUUACCACCAGUUUACUGCAAGGCAACCGGAUUUCAAUUACAGCAGCACUGCUCUGCAGGAAGAGAUGAAAAACGUCUUACGCUUCUGGCUGAACCGUGGAGUUGACGGUUUCCGUAUCGGUGCGAUCAAUUAUCUGAUCGAAGACUCACACUUCCUAGACGAACCCAAAAGUUCAAGUGCUUCCUUUUUACCGGCCACUGACCCAAACUCUCUGAAGCAUAACUACACAGUGGAUCGUGACCAAAACUAUGAUAUUCUUCAAGCCUGGCGCCGGGUCCUCGACUCAACCAAUGGAACCCGCAAAGUAAUCAUGACCGAAGCCUACACGACUCCUUACUUUACAAUGAAGUUCCACCAGCACGGAUCCAACAUUCCCUUCAAUUUCAACUUGAUCCGUAACAUUAAGCUCAGUUCUGGCGCCCUGGGCUGCAAGGGCGUAAUCGACGGCUACUUGAACGAACUGCCCAGCGGAGCUUUACCAAAUUGGGUCGUUGGCAAUCAUGACAACCGUCGCACUGGCUCCAGACUAAACAGCAGAUGGAUCGACCAGAUCAACAUGAUUGCCGCCGUGCUUCCUGGAGUUGCCAUCAUCUACAAUGGCGACGAGAUCGGUAUGAUCGAUAGACCAAUGGCCUGGAACGAAACUCUUGAUCCAGCUGGAAUCAAUGCUGGCCCACUCAAUUACAAAUUCAAAUCUCGCGAUUCCGCGAGGACUCCCUUCCAGUGGGAUAAUUCAACUAGCGCUGGCUUCUCUUCCAAUAAAAAAACUUGGCUUCCAGUCAAUUCUAAUUACAAGACUGUCAAUCUAGCCAUUCAGAAGACUCAACCCUACUCUCACUAUUCACUCAUGAAAAAACUGAUCUCUUUGAAAAAAAAUCCUAUCCUUCGAAAUGGUACCACCGAAACUACUAUUGUCCAUUAUGCAUAUUUAGCGAUUGUGCGGAGGCUGCAAAAUCAAUCGCCAGUGGUUUUGCUGAUUAAUGUACACAAAACCCUUGUACGUUACGAUAUCGCAGCUUUUAUUAAUGCUCCGGAUAAAAUGACAGUCUACGCCGCUAAUUCAUGGGCUAAUAUUUCAGUGGGCGCUCAAGUUGAUAUGACUAAUUUUGGUAUUGAUGGUUACGGUGCCGUCAUACUCAUUUAAAUACAGGCAAUAUCAGAACAAGGAAAAAAAAAGUUUCUUUCCUACCCUGUUAUAUUGUAAUCAUUAUCCAUUUUAUCGGAUUAAAAUAAUAACUACUUGUAUUCGUGCAUAAAAUUUUAUAUGAUGAAAAUAAUAAUACUGUUUCAAUUAAUUUUUUAAUUAAUUUUAAUUGGAAAUUUACACUGAGUUAUAAUUAUAGUUAAAAAUUCAUCGUUAGCUUGUAUUUUUAUUAAAUAAAGUUCAGUAAUUGAAUCACUUGUUUGAAGUUAACAAUUAAUAAUUAUAGUGAGGGAAAAAAUGGACCAGGUGAAAUAAAUAUUUUAAUUGAAACAAUAUUGAGUUUUGUCAAGAUUGACGUAUGGAGACGAAAAAAAAAUUAUUCUCAAGCUGAAAUAGUGCAGUAUAACAUGACCUCGGUUACUAUUAUGUCAUUUUUCUUUCGAGUGACGGGACGAGAAGAAAAAUUAAAAAAAAAGUUUUUUUCAACUUUUAACAAAGAAAAAUUUAAUUUCAUCAGCAAUCGAUUUUAUGUGUAACCCAAUAAUGAAAGACCAAGAUAUAUUUUAAAAAAUUAUAGCAAUGGCAUUGAUUAUUUAAUUGACAUUAAAGUAUUGAUCAAUGAAAUUCUACAAUUUAAAUUCUCUAAUUAAAAAGUAAUGUCAUUGCCUAAUAAUUAUUUGUUUCCGAUUUUUGAAAGUUUUAUUUUCACAGAAAAAAUAUUGUAUUGUUUGUUUAAAAAAAUUAUAGGAAAUAUUUAUGAUGCCUAAAAAAUUGUAUGGAGUCGCCAGAAAUCGUCGGUAUUUAGAGUAAUUUUUUAUUUUAUUGAACACUUGUCAUAUAUAUGUAUAUAUUUAUCUUUACUCAGUCAAAAAAAAUUAUUGACAACAAGCAGCGGAAGUAAGAAAUAAAUAUAUUGUUGAUUUUAUAUCUGGAAAUUUCCGUCGCGUCACAACAAAUAACAAUAAAUAUAUAAAUACAGUUAUUAGUUAUAAAAGCAAUAACAUUGAAAUAUUUUUGAUUGUCAGUUUCAUAAAGAAUUGUCAUGAUUAUGAUUAUAAUUACAAAUAUAAUUUUAAAAUUAACCGAAAAUGCAGAUGUAAGUAGUGCAUAAUUGUUACUACAAUCGGUAGUAAAUAUAUAUUUAAACUGGGUAUUUAUUGGGUGUGGGAAGUGUGCGCCGGACCCAAUUGGAUCCAUCUAGGAUAAACUUUCAGGUGAGAUACUUGUGAUAGUGCAAGCCUGAGCGGCCAAACCGAUAACGUUUCUAAUACUAUUGACAAUAUUCGAUUAGCUCAUACAUUUCGAAGGCGGGUCAAGUAGGUCAGUGAUAUGUGCAAUUAGUAGACGUCUCCUGAGAUUUCUCAUGGGAUUAAGGGAAUUCCUGUCCUACUGUCUUACUGUAAUGAAAGUGAAUUCGGAGGACUAUAUCUCCCCCUCCCCUCCAUCCUUCGUAUGUCUGGAUACUUUUGGAUAGAGAAAUUUUACCGGGAGAUAGCUGACAUUGGAAUCAAUAGUAUUUAUUGAGACUGUACACAAGUAAACAAGCUUGUUUAUUGAGUUAUAUAUUUCGAGAACAAUGUUUGCUAUUUAUCUCAACUUAAUCUAUCGUGUUGACAAAAAGUUUAAUA